AUGUCGACACACGAUUAUCCCAGCGGUGGCGCCGUUUCCUCGCUGCAACGGCUGCAGCGGUGAUGAUAACUGGAAAUAACAUCUACUAUCCCAUGCGAAGCGGCUUCGUGUAUUAUGCGGUCGUCAGGUUAUAACUAUUUAUAAAACCAGGUCCCGACCGGAAUGUACGUUCUUAUGAUGGUAGAGCAAACGUUAUUGCCCAAAUUGGACGUGUCUCACCGUUACGUUUUUGGGGAGUGAUUAAAAUCUCUUGGGGGAACUGCGUCGCCUCUGAUGGAGUAGUCCAAUUUGUGAGACUUCCAGCCCGCUGAUACACCGCUUAAGCAUGGCUCUUCUAGGAGCUCAAUUGGUCAUUACCCUUGUAAUGGUCAGUGUCAUACAAAAGCUGAGUCCACAUUUCUCCUUUGCGAGAUGGAUCUUAUGUUCUACAGGAUUGACACGGUAUCUGUAUCCAACAGAUCAGGAACUUAGAACAUUAGCUGGUGUGCCAAGGGAGAAACCAAAGAGAGGAAGAUAUAGCGAAAAUGGCAAAGUGGCAGAUGUGUUUCAUGUCCCCAGAAAUCUGGAUAUCACACUCGAAAGUGCAAAAAUUACUACUCUUGAUGUUGUGCACUUAAAAUAUUAUACGGAAUAUCAGUGGCUGUUGGAUUUCUCUGUAUAUGCGAUCAUUGUUUAUGUAUUGACAGAGGCAUACAAUUAUUUAUAUCCAAUCAAAGACGAGAUUAAUCUCAGUAUACUAUGGUGUGUAGUGGUUUUGGGCUUUGCAUUUAAAGUACUGCUUUCCCUCUGGGUACAAUAUUUCAAAGGCGAGGAAAGUGUCGGUGAAAGGUCCACGUGCAUUGUUACUGGAUUUACAUAUCUUCUUAUUGCUAUGAUGGUACUCAUAGUUGAUGAGAAUAAAUUGGAGAUUGGGUUAGAAAAGGCAUAUACAAGUUUCAAUCAUAGCGCUUCUCGUUUUUUAGAUACUCAGGGGCUUUCUUCGACGGGACCAGCUUCAAAAAUUGUCUUAAAAUUUUUUCUUGCUAUAUGGUGUGGUCUAUUGGGAUCUUUGUUUACUUUCCCAGGAUUGAGGGUAUCAAAGAUGCAUUGGGAUACACUAAGGUAUUAUAAAGAUCAUAAAUUAUUGUUGCUAAUAGCAAAUAUUAGCUAUGCCUCACCACUUCUGUUGAUGAGCCUGUGGAUUACGCCCAUAAGUAGGGAUUAUUUGACUGUUCGGAUAUUUAGUGGCAUGACUGCUCCAUUAAUGACAGUAGCAAGAUUUGAGAGUUUGAGGUUGGUUAUUAUUGUUGUUGCUGGUUUAUUAAAAAUUGUACUCAUGCCAAUAUAUCUGCAGUCUUACUUAAAUCUCGCCAUUCAGAGAUUAGAGAUUCAAAAGAAGGAAGCUGGUAGAAUAACUAACGUUGAUUUACAGAAAAAAAUUGCAGCUGUGUAUUAUUACCUAUGUGUAGUAGCGCUACAAUUUGUUGUUCCUAUAAUUAUAUGUUUAUUUUUUACAUUUUUGUACAAAACAUUGGGUGGUUUUACCUGGGAAGGCAUUAUAAAAGGAACUUUGGAGGAAGAAUGUCCAGCGGAUGAAUUAUCGAAGCCAUCUACAAUUAGUACCGAUAAUAUUGAUAAGCCUAUUAUACAAACCACUGAAGAAGUUCAACUUGCGCUAGGUUCAUUAAAACAGAUAUUUACCACAGACGUGUACAGAGGUAUCUUAGGAUUGGCAACGUGGUGGAGUUGUUUUGCGUUAUUUGCGACCAGUGCCAUGGGCAUGUUUUAUCAAUCGUAUUUCUCGAACAUGUAAAGUGAUCUAAGAGAAAAAAUCCGGAUGUCACAUCGCACAAAUUUUCAUUAGUCACAGAUUAUUAUCAUAGUCAGCAUUGUCCAUUGAAAGACAUAUUUUCAGAUUACCUAUUUUAAAGCCUAUCGCUGGAUAAUCAAGAUAACAAUUACAUAUAACUACGAUAAAAAUAAUGUAAUGUAAGAUUAUGUAAUGCGUAUGGCAAUAAAUUAUAUUAUAGUUGUAUUGUAAAUAAAGACAUUUUGGAAUUUAAAAUAA